GGUCCUAUUACCUCGAGGCUGUGCGCUGUGACUUUGCUGUGGUGCUUUUCUGCUGGCUCUGUUGUUGAGGUGUGAAAAAAGCCAAAUCCACAAUAACAACAUGAGUCUCGUGGUGGUUGUAAUUAUACUGCUGCUCGUCGACAAGUCCGAUUCCAAAAAAGGCGUCAAAUGUGGAGGAAUCCUCUCAGCACCAUCUGGUAAUGUCUCCAGUCCAAACUUUCCUGGCCUCUAUCCUUAUAACAUAGACUGUUCCUGGCUAAUUGUGGUAGCCGAGGGCUCCUCCAUCCUCCUAACCUUCCACCACUUUGAGCUGGAGUACCAUGCUAGCUGUGCCUAUGACUACAUCAAAAUAUAUAAUGGCAUAUCUGAGGAUGAAGGGAAUCUCCUUGGGACAUUUUGUGGUGACAUCUCCCCACCUCAGUUCACCUCUUCUUGGAAUGUCAUGUCCAUCAUCUUCCAUUCAGACCGUCAUGUGGCCCACAGGGGCUUCAGAGUUGGCUACAGAAAAGAUAUGUGUGGGGGGGUCCUGACGGGACUGUCCGGUGUAAUCUCCAGUCCAGGCUACCCUCAAGAGUAUAGCAACAACGCCGACUGCUCCUGGGCCAUCCACGUCUCCAAUGCCAGUGUCGUCACUUUGGCCUUUUUGGACUUCCAGCUUGAAAAUAAUGAGGGAUGCAAUUUUGAUUUUGUCGCCCUGUUUGACGGUCCAACGGUCAGCCACCGCCACCUUGGCAAAUACUGUGGGGCAGAUAAACCCCCUAACACAGUUACAACCUCCAAUCAACUGCUUGUAGUCUUCAAGUCGGACUUCAAUAUAGGAGGACGGGGCUUCAAGGCUUAUUAUUACUCAGGAGAAUGUCAGCAGGUCUUGUCAGCUGUAAGCGGCAACUUCAGCAGCCCACACUUCCCCGUAAUCUACCCAAACAACAUCAACUGCCACUGGAGCAUCACCCUCGCAGCUGGAUACCGCAUCAAACUUUUUUUCCCUGUCAUGGACUUGGAGGACCGGAACAGUUUGUCAAACGAGUGUGACUAUGACUCAGUGGCGGUUUAUGAUGGGGACAGCCAGACAGACGCCCUGCUGGGACGCUUCUGUGGUAGGAAGCCGCCUCCUUCUCUCAUCUCAAAGGGAAACAAGCUGCUGGUGGUGCUCAGCACAGACAGAACUGAGGCUCAUAGAGGAUUUGCCGCCUCCUUUGUCGGAGUGGUGCCAGUGAAUAUUAGCUGCACAAGAUCAGAGUUCACCAUCCUGAUACCCCUGAAGUCCUUACCUCAGCUGGACCGGGAGAGCAUCUAUCUGGGAAACCCAACCUGUGCAGCACAGCUAACGACCACUUCAUAUAAAAUUCUCGCUCAGUUUGUCAACUGUGGCACAGCCAGCCAGAAACACCGGAACAUCACCAUGCUUGUAAACAAGCUCUAUAUCGACUUCUCGGAUGGGAAGCAGCAAAAUGUACAAGAAUAUAGGGUGCAGUGUGACGCUCUCCGGAAAAUAGCAUGGGUGUCAAUCAUUUCAGCAGAGGAGCGACGCCUGGAGGAGCAAGCCCAGCAGACAGACACUGAGAGCAGUGGCCACGCAGCCAGUCCGGAAUCUGAGCCUCAUGACUUCAGCGAUAUUGUCUUCAUCAGCAUUUGUGUUCUGGCUGUCAUCCUCAUGGUAAUAGCGAUUAUUUGGUUGGUGCUUCUGUAACCAUCUCAGAGGAUAGAGGCAGGGGUAAUAUCAAAGACUGUUAGUUCAUGGGAUGUUUAAUAAUCUUAA